AUGCGCGCUCAACGACGUGUUCUUCUUACCGGUUUGAACAACCACAUCAAUUCGGAAUAUAGCUCAGAGCACGACAUGACGGCUAUAAUAACCCAAAGACCCGCCAACGCACCGAGCGAGUGCCUCACGCUGCCCCUCGACAUCGCCAACCGUAUAGCGUCCUACCUCCUGGACGACCAUGCCCACGCGACCCUUGCUGCCCUUCAGCGCUGCUCGAAGGAAUACUACCUCGCGCUGUCCCCUGUCACGUAUAGAAGGGUAGACUUUAGGUCAGUCGAGACUUGCGACCUUUUCCGGCUGGGAGAAGGGUCCAAGGCUGAGCAGGUAACGCCCAAAAAGGUCGACGACGCUGUCGCGUCAGGCGCGUUCUUCUCCCUCAAGGCAAGCUCUUUCCGCCGCAUGGUAGCUUUGGGGCAUAUCAAGCACCUCACCAUCCACUCUCUACCCGCCUGCACCUCCCCUCUCUCCAAAUCGUUUUCGUCAGUCGCCCGCUCCUCUGACGCCUUGCUUUUGCCGGGGCUAGAGUCUGUAGCCUUGGGCGCCAAAGUGGCAGACGAGAUCCGGACAUACAUCCCAGAGACGUACGACCGCCCCCACAGCCCUCUCUUCCUUGAAGCACUCAUCCACACCUCCCGCCCCUCCUCCCUCUGUCUCGCCCACCGCGUCGUGCCCUCUGUAGAGUGGGACGAGCACCUGGAGAUGACGUCCAUCAAACAAUACCAGCUCGUCGCCCGUGUCAACCAAUUCAUCGAGGACGGCUGGGCGUCCUUGAAGGUGUUUGAAGUGCAUGAUGUGGUGCAUCAGGUGUUGCCCUCUCUCAAGGGAUGUAGGAAUGUGUACCACUUUGCUUCGCAUUGUGUGGGACCGCCCGAGGCACCGAGGUUCAUCGCUCCCGGUUUGGCGUCGACAUUCACGCCGGGGCCCAAGUGGAACUUUCGCUCCUGGCAAAUCGGGACUGCUAUCAAAAACCUCUUUCCCUCCGGCAUCUCUCCUGCUGCCGUGCUUCAAAACACUUCUUGGGAGUUUGUCAACCACGAAGGGCACAUCUUGACAAAGCCGGAGAAUGACGACGAUGAUGAUACAGGCGUGGGAUAUCUGGAGGUUGGAAGGUUGAUAGGAGAUGCGUUGAAGACGGGUUUGCCGAUGGAGCUGGCAGGUCGAGAUGGGUUCAAGGGCGAGUUGGCCAUGGAGGUGCUGGAGAGAAUGUCUUUUGAGCGAGGAGAGAAGGCUUGUGAAUCUUGUCAGCGUGAGUACGUUUCCGGGUUGACAGCACAGUAG